GAUGCAUUACAGAGGUUAACUGAAAUAUUAAACUUAAGUGGAGCUGCUGCUUGCCAGGAUGCUUGUCACCCUGCCAGACACCGGAAUACAACGGCCGUGCUGGGCUGCUUAGCAGAGAAGUUAGCAGGUCCUGCAAGCAUAGGCUUACUCAGCCCAGGCAUAUUGGAAUAUUUACUUCAGAGCCUGAACUUCCAGUCCCAUCCUACAGUGAUGCUUUUUGCACUAAUAGCACUGGAGAAGUUUGCACAAACAAGUGAAAAUAAAAUGACAGUUUCUCAAUCGUGUAUUAGCAACCAACUGAUCCUGCUCGAGAAAUGGGCAGAUAAUCCAGACUAUUUAAAACGCCAGGUUGGGUUCUGUGCCCAGUGGAGUUUAGACAAUCUGUUUUUAAAAGAAGGCAGGCAGUUUACAUAUGAGAAGGUUGACUUGACCAACAUUAGGGCUAUGCUGAACAGUAAUGAUGUCAGUGAAUACCUGAAGAUCUCUCCACAUGGAUUAGAGGCUCGAUGUGAUGCCUCAUCCUUUGAAAGUGUUAGAUGUACAUUCUGUGUCGAUUCUGGAGUUUGGUACUAUGAAGUUACAGUUAUUACUUCAGGAGUGAUGCAGAUAGGAUGGGCUACCAGAGACAGCAAAUUUCUCAAUCAU